AAUCCUUCAUGAACUGUAGUUGAAAAGUGAUGUCAUCAUGUCAUUUUAAAACAUACUAUACAUUAUUAAAAUAUUCCAUAAUAUAAUUUAAUAUUUUUAAUUUAUAUUGUUCUUUUGAUUUAUAUUAUAUUAUAAAUUAAUUUGAUUAUUGUAAUUAUAUAUAAAAUGCCUGCCUACCAUUCUAAUAUAAAAGAUUAUCAACAAUUAACUGGAAACAUGGCUAUAGUUCCAAUCAAAUCUCAAUAUAAGGGUCCUGCUGCUUUAAUCAGCGUAACAAGUCCAGAUGUGGAUAUUAUUGACGAAGCUUUGUCAUAUUUUAAAGCAAAUGUUUUCUUUAGAUCAUAUGAAGUUAAGAGUGAAGCAGAUCGUGUUUUGAUAUACAUUACUUUAUAUAUAACGGAGUGUCUGAAGAAACUCCAAAAAUGUCAAAGUAAAGAUCAAGGGAUGUCCGAAAUGUAUACACUUGCACUCUACAGAUUUGAUAUACCUGGAGAAGCCGGGUUUCCAUUAAAUUCUGUUUAUGCAAAACCAGCUACAACGUCAGAAUCAGAUGUAAUGCGGCAAUAUUUAGAACAACUGCGUAAAGAAACUGGACGUAGAGUUUGUGAAAAAGUGUUUUCAACUGAUGAUGGCAAGCCUUCUAAAUGGUGGUUAUGUUUUGCACGCAAGAAGUUUAUGGAAAAAUCAUUGCUUGCCCCUGGACAAUAAUUGGUUGAUAAAUUAUUGAAAUUUAAUUUCAAUUUAAGAUUCUGUUGGCUAACUAAUUUAUUCAUUUUCUAUUUUUUAUUAUUUAAAUUUAUUUUAUCUAUAAUUAUGUAAUAUUAAUGAUACAAAUAUAAUAUUUUAUUUCUA